AUGGAGGCAUCUGGAGAUGUCAAUAGGGACACGUUAUUGUUAGAUUCCAAUGAUGCAAAUGCUAUCGAUACGCGUGUUUUGAAAGAAACAGUUUCCAAAACUAAUUCUACGAAUUAUGAUGCUGAGAGUGGGAUGUUAGAUAAUAGUACCUCCAAAACGAAGAAUCUCUCGGAUAAUAAUAGUAAUUUACAGACUGAAGUAAUUAAUAAUGGAGGUGAAUCCACGUCGGACAGCGUGAAAGAGGCACAAUUCUUAGAAACAGUAAUUUCAAAUGACCAGUUGGAAAGUAAAAUGUCCAACGUUAAAGAUGAAAAUGAUUUAAAUCUGCCGGGAAAUGUCAAAAAUAUUAACGAUAGAAGACAACAGUCUGCAAAUUCUGAGAAUUCUGUUUUGGUUCAAGAGAUGCAGUGUAAUUUAGGAAUUAAUAGUGAGCAGCUACUUACCAAAUCUGGAGCUACCAAUCUAGAGGGAUGCACUAGUGGAAACAUUGAUCAUAUUAGUAAUUCUACUUCAUGUUCUGGCAUUGUGAAACAAUAUGUAAAUGAUGAGAAAAUUGAUGGGAGUGUCACCAAAGUCAUCAGUGAUGAUAAUAAUGUUGAAGAUAUGGUCACUGAGGACCAUCUAGAAGGUAAUGAAACGGAUAUGGCAGGACAUGUAAUUGAAACUAAGGCACUUCCUGACAAUAAUUCAAACAAUAUUUUAGCUUGUAAUGGAGACUCAGGAAAAUCUAGAGAUCAAGAAGAGAUAAAUGAAACCAAGGAGAAAAACGGUAAUCCUAAUAGUUCCAUUGACAAUAGUGAACCAAUGGUCACAGAUGAUCCAGUAAAAAAGGCAAAGGUUGUAAAUGAAAUCCAGAGUGAUUCUGAAGACAACACCUAUAUGAAUAAUGGCAUGGAAGGAAUUAGAAAUGAAAGUGUUGUGGAAGCUAUGAAUAAGGACCAGUCAUGGAAAUCCGAUAAAGUAUAUAAGAAAGAUUUGCGUUCUUUGAAGUUACUGUGUGAUUAUGGUAGUGACUCUGAUGGAAAUGAUAAUGAAGUUACAAUGAAUGAAGAGGCAAGUAAUUCCAUCAAAACAAUUGUAAGCAGUGUACCUUCUGUUAAUCCAUGUCCUGCUGUGAACCAGGAAUAUAGAGAGCCUGAAGUGCUUGCUGUUGUUGUAGUUGAAAGGAAGGCUAAAAAAGAAAUUCCUAAAACUAAAGGAGAAUUGGGUUUGGAGGAUUUGCCUCCAAUUGAAGAUUUACAUAUUACUGUGCCAGAAUCGGAAUGUGUAGAAAUUGGAAAAGUUUUAAGUAUUGUUGAUUCCUUAGUUGUUGUUCAAUCCAUAAAAGGAUGCCCUUCUUUGGAUUUAGAUAGUGUGCUAUUUCUUGACAAUGGACACAAAGCUUUGGGGGAAGUCUUUGAUGUCUUUGGUAAAGUUAGUGAGGCCUGUUAUUGUGUGCGUUUCAACUCCAAAGACCAUGCACUUUCAAAAGGAGUGGAAGUUGGGAUGCCAGUGUUCUAUGCUCCUAGGACAGAGUACUCAAAAUACGUUUUCUUGGCAGAUCUUACGAGGAUGAAAGGAAGUGAUGCAUCAUGGGCGCAUAAUAAUGAGCCUCCAACCAGAUUUCUGGAUUAUUCCGAUGAUGAACAAGAGAGGCGAGCACGGAAAGGAAAUAAACCUCCAGUUCGAAAUGUUGAAAGGGAAGAGACUCAACCCCAGGCAAAGAGACACAACUGGAGAGGUGUCAAAAGUGAGGGGGGCAAUGGUGCACCAACAUCACCUCGUUCAAACCGUUCUUGGGCCACUCCAUUCAACCGAUAUGUCAGCAAUGCACCAUCAUCUCCUCCUCCGUCACCAUGUCCCAGCCCUGGCCCUAAGCCACUGAUUAGGCCUUCAUCUUUUAGGAACUCUGGCCCUCCACUCCCCCAUGGGCACCAUUUUGAAAGAUCCUUCAGGGCCCCAUUGCAUCACACCGGCCAUGGUUUCCAACCUCCUAUGCAGACUCCACCUCAUAGAAAUGAUGGCCCUCCUCAACCCCACUUCCGUGAUAAAUCACCCUUGGGAGGCCCACCUCACUGGUAUCGGCCCCAGUCUUCUUACAUGCCCCCUCCUCCACAGUCACAUUUCCACAACGCAGCUGCAGGAGCUCCUCCAAUGUCUGGAACAUCCUCGCAGAUGCUUCCACCACAGUUUGGAAGAGCAGAUAUCAAGUACGACAUGAAUAUUCCAUCUCCGCAGCCACCUUACAGCCAAAACCAGAACGGGUCCGGUACAAUGGAUAUGAAUGAUGGUGGUUACAGGCAGGCGAACCUGAUGAGGCCUACAUCUAUUCCAAAUCCCGGUUUGUUUGCUGUGGAGCCCAGCAAUGGCUUCAAAGUGGAAGAUCCACCUUCCUUCCCUCCGAGUGAAUUUCCACCAAUGAGACAGGAUUUUCAUGGUUCUUAUGGAGGAGGACCUCAGGGCGCCUUUGGAGGUCAGCAGCCUGUUUUUAUGAACCCGAAUGUUCCACCACCACCUUCUGCAUCACAUCAAUCACCUCCAUCUCGACAUCCACACUCGGGGUGGUGAACAUGCCCCAAGGUUGGGCAGAUAGAUAACAAAAGACCAGUAAAUUUCAAAAUGGUAAUUUGAAGGUUUUUAGUUUUUGUCUUUGUAUUUUUCUGUUACUAGAGUGCAUGUGGAAGUAACUUCAAUCUCUCUAAAUGAAAUGCAAAUUUGAAAGUAAAACUUUUUAAUACCAAUUUCCUAAUUCUCUGUAAAUAUUUUCUUUUGAAUCAGGGGUCUACAGUUGGAUAUGCAGUGGAACCUAACUUUAUAUUCUUUUCAGAUAUCUGGGAAGUGUAAAGGGACAAAUAUUAAAAGCAUUCUUGGGCUAAAAUAGUGUUCAGGAAAUGUUGCUUGGGCCACUGUUCACACCAUUUAAUUUCAUGCUUUCAUUUAAAAAAUCAAAAAUAUUUAUCUGCAUUUGUGCUUUCUGAAUUCCAUUAUUACAUGGUAUACAUUUGAGUUUUUAUUGGGGGGGGGGGGAGUUCCAUCCCUGUUUUGCAUUGAUCUUAGUGCAAUCUGUUUUACAUAACCUUGUUAAAUAUAGAGACAGGGUGUUGAAGUUUCCUUUGCUAAUUGAACAUUUGUUCCACAUUCAAAUCCACACAAUGCAGCAUUUCUAUAAUUUAUUUCUGUCCUUUCCUGUCAUGUCACCUUCAGGGAUCUUUUGUCACUUUUCCAGAACACUGUUGUAACAUUAAAAAAAAUCCAAGUUUGCAAUUGGGUUUUAGUGUUGUUGUUUUUCUCAAAUGUGGAAUGUCACUAUCAUGGACAUUAUACCAAUCACUGCUUGAUGCAAAAUGUGAAUUGCUAUUUCAUGGUUGGAAAUGUCUGUUUGCUUUUAAGGAACAAUUUCCAAAAUCUCAGAAAUGUGUAAAAUCCAUUUUCAUAAAUAAAAAAACCAAAAGACCUCAAACAAUUUUUUAAUAUAACUCUAAUAUUAUCAAUUAAUGGGAAGAACAUUAAUUUCUGGGGAAUAUUAAAAAGUUCUCCUUUGUUUAAAUCAGGUUUUUUGUGUUACAACAGUAUUCCAAACGUGUCAGUUUGAAGCAUUACUCAAUAAAAUGGAUUGGUAAGAGUGACGUCUAAAGACUCAAAUAAUUAAUUUAAAAAUCAAUGUUGCUUACUGCAGUAAAACAUAAUAAAAGAGUUUGGUUUUGGGCGAGUUGAAAAAGGCAGUGUGUGAAAUGUAAUAAGAGCCUAAGAUGGGACCAAUGAAAAGUGAUGGAUGUGUGAGGAAAAUGUGAAUUCAAAUCACAUUAAAAUAAUGCUGUUCUGUAAAGGUGUUCUUUUACACUGUUGUAAAUUCCACCUUUUCUUUUUAUUAUGAAAAUGUUUAUUUUCGCUGUAUAAGUAGGGUCAUAUGGGAGACAUUUUGCUAAGGAAAUUCUCUUUGGAAGGAGAUGGAUCUCUGGUAUACUACUAGGGUGUAGGCAAACUUCAGAAAUGAAAGGAAAAUUACAGGCUGCAAAAC